GGAGGCGGUAGGCAGCUGUAAAUUCAUAUUGCAAUAAACAGGAAGAAGAAGAAGCGGAGGAAGGUUCAGGCCAGCAGCAGAGGUCACAACAAACUAUACAGCAUGGGAGGUGACCACGGGGGCCACCCAAAGCUGCCAGACUGGCGGCUGUGGAAGGUACAAGGAACACCACUGGAGGUCACACAGCAGAGGCUGGCAAGGAGGGGCCUCAAGGAUCCAUGGGCACGUAAUGAGGCUUGGAGAUAUACAGGGGGUUUCGCUCGUGCUGUGACUUUGGGUGAUGUUGUGCUGUGUGGAUUCAAGUGGGGCUUUGCUGCCUUUACAGUUGCUCUGGCUGUAGAGUACGUCCUGUUCCCACCAAAGAAGGGUGACCACAAAUGAUCAUCACUCUUCCUCAAGCUCAGAACAUAAUGGAGUCUGAUACUAUAAUGUAUUUUCUGUUUAUUAAAUGUUUUUUUUGUGAUCACC